CCGCCUUCUCGCAACUUGCAUCCUGCGACCUCCAGGGCUGCGACUUGCCUCCUGCCUGUUGCCGCUUCCUCGCCUAGGCCUACUUAGGUAGCGCGCGAGGUGGUGCCUUCGCGCCUGCCUCAACGCGCCUGCCUCGCUAUUGUGCCAAGACCCAACGCUACUCACCUACCUCACCUACCCACCUACCCGCCUACCUAAGUACUUCCUCUUCCUCUCUCUUCCUCUCAUCACCAUCCCUUCGAUUGCUACGCGCACUCGGGUCCUAUCCCGAUCCGCAACCCCUUUUGUCGUUCUACGGCACCCGGCAAUCCAAUCUCCAAACCCGGAAACCCGUCUGUUGCCGCUUCAAGAUGCCUCCUCCUCGCCGCCAAAGCAGCCCGGAACUAGGCAAUCUUGCCGUCGGCCUACAGUACAACAAGAACGGUCGACCAAUCCGACGCCGAAAGAGGAGAGCUGACCAUGACUUUGUCGAUUCAUCCAUCCUCCAGCUGGGAGAGGAUGACAUCACUGAAGCACCGUCCGACGAUGAAGAUACUGAAGCACCCAGGAAAGGAAGGAAGAGGCAGAAGCGUUCCCCCUCACCGACCCCUCCUCCCCUCAAUCCCGUCAUAUACAAUGAGGACCCCGACGAGCCGUCUGACAAUGAGCGGAUGGGAGGCUGGUCCGCUUGCAAACUGCCCAAAGCGGCCAUCGAACUCACUUUCAACAUACCCUUGGGUUUCCAUGGUCCACUGGUUGUCAAGAUGGAUAAAGACAUUCUAAACGCCCUUCAGAAAACCUGCUGUGACGUUGGCCCGUUGCCCCAGAGAGCGUCCAGUACUGCUAUGACACGGGCAAAGACGAAGAAGCCGCAUGGCUUCAAAGUUCUCCCAGCAGAGCUCCGUAAUAAAAUCUACGAGAUGUUGUUUGUGGCUGAUGGCACGCUCAGUUUCCACAAUCCGCAUAACUUCUGUAGAUCAGCCCAGUUUUUGCGUACCUGCAAACUGGUAUGGAGAGAGGGAUGCAGCGUGUUAUAUGGCCAGAACAAGUUUGUGUUCCACCGAAACCGAAAUCAGAGAAGCCCCUUCUGGGAACCCAAUCCGAAGGAGAUCGGCUACCAGGACUUCCGCUUGUUCUUGAAGACAAUUGGGCCAGACAAUCUCGCCUGCAUCCGCGACGUUACGAUCCAUCUAGAGGACGCGGGCCAAGCUGCGACACCUUACCUCUCUAGCCAGGAAGCCCGACGCUACGUCAACGAUGGCCACUUGAUCGACUGUCUACGCAUCCUUCGGUCGGCUGAACUUCGAAAGCUUACCUUGUACUUCUCCGGUCGGCGGUCCCUGGCGAGGACCGAUGUCAAGUUUCUCAGCCAUCUGGAGAGGGUGAAGGCGGACGAGGUGGAUAUCCCAUUCAGGUUCCACAGCUAUAGCCACCAGAAAAUCCACUUGGAUGUCGAGAAGGAACUGGUCGAGCUUAUGAAGAGGAAGAAGAAGCUGUACCCCGAGCUUCACUGAUGCGGCCUGAUGAGUGGUCUGUUGCGAUGGGCUCGGUUUCUAGUGGGGGAUGCCUAUCAUGUAAUACGUGUCCAUUGGGCAUUAAGGUUGAGGGAUUGAUGGGGUCGACUGGCGCGUUAUGAACAAAGGGUGCUCCACGGCUACGGGAAUAACCGGCUGGAGACAGUCAUGUAAUUGAUGUGCAAAUAUGUUAACUUCUGAAAGGUAUCCUGGAAUCGACUCUGCCAACGGUGACUGCCC